GGGAAACAUACCAGGGCCUACCUCGCCAAACUCCUCGCGAAGACUCUUUGCGAUUGGGAGAUCGAAGACCGUGUUCUGUCGAUCAUCUGCGACAAUGCGUCGAACAACGACAGCAUGAUGCAGACGUUGGGGCAGAUAGGCUUCAAACGGUUGAACGUGGGGGGCCGGGUGAGAUGUUUCGCCCAUGUGCUGAACUUG